UGUUGGCUAAGUGUUGAGCGUGGUUUCCUGUGGGAUUGUGUAAGGCCCUGCAGGACAAUAAGUGCUUUGGGGGCACUGCGUCGUGUAGCCGUUUCUGACCCAACAGCCAGAAAAAAUGUGAGACAAUCCGCUGCCGCUGGAGAGAGGACAGCUGAGGCUGAGUUCUUGCAGGAGCAGCUUUGCUUCACCGAGGUGGACCCCAGAGGGACGAAGAAGCCUAAAAUGGACAACAAUAUGGAUAGCAAAUCCAUUCUAGAAGAACUGCUUCUCAAAAGGUCACAGCAAAAGAAGAAAAUGUCACCCAAUAAUUACAAGGAGCGGCUUUUUGUUUUAACCAAAACAAGCCUUUCCUACUACGAAUAUGACAAAAUGAAACGAGGAAGCAGAAAAGGAUACAUAGAAAUUAAGAAAAUCAGAUGUGUGGAAAAAGUCAACCUCGAGGAGCAGACACCUGUGGAGAGACAGUACCCUUUUCAGGUUGUGUAUAAAGAUGGGCUUCUCUAUGUCUACGCAUCAAACGAAGAGAGCCGAAGUCAGUGGCUGAAAGCACUGCAAAAAGAGAUACGGGGCAACCCCCACCUGCUGAUCAAGUACCACAGUGGCUUCUUUGUGGAUGGGAAGUUCCUGUGCUGCCAGCAGAGCUGCAAAGCAGCCCCAGGAUGCACUCUCUGGGAAGCAUAUGCUGACCUGCACAUUGCAAUUAAUGAGGAGAAACACAGAGCCCCCACUUUCCCAGAGAGACUACUGAAGAUUCCUCGGGCAGUUCCUGUUCUCAAAAUGGAUGCAUCAUCCUCAAGCACCACUCCAUCCCAAUAUGACAGCCACUCUAAAAGAAGUUAUGGCUCCCAGCCAACCAUCAACAUACGCUAUAUUCCAAGGGAAGACUGCCCUGACUGGUGGCAAGUAAGAAAACUGAAAAGCAAAUGCCUCACUGUACCAAUGAUGCAGCCACAGGAUCAUGUGGAAUCUGAAAGAACUGAGGAAGAUGUUGCCAGCAAUAACCAAGUGGAAAGAAAUACUGUAUAUCACAACACCUCAAAGAUGUCAUGGGGAUUCCCUGAGUCAAGUUCAUCUGAAGAAGAGGAAAAUUUGGAUGAUUACGACUGGUUUGCUGGGAAUAUCUCCAGGUCACAAUCUGAGCAGUUACUGAGACAAAAGGGAAAAGAAGGAGCAUUUAUGGUUAGAAAUUCCAGCCAGAUAGGCAUGUACACGGUGUCCUUAUUUAGUAAGGCUGUGAAUGAUAAAAAAGGAACUGUCAAACAUUACCACGUGCAUACUAAUGCUGAAAAUAAAUUAUACCUGGCAGAAAACUACUGCUUUGACUCCAUUCCAAAGCUCAUUCACUAUCACCAACACAAUUCAGCAGGCAUGAUCACACGGCUCCGACACCCAGUGUCAACCAAGGCCAACAAGGUCCCCAUGUCUGUGGCUCUGGGAAGUGGAAUUUGGGAACUGAAACGAGAAGAGAUUGCCUUGUUGAAGGAGCUGGGGAGUGGCCAGUUUGGAGUGGUCCAGCUGGGCAAGUGGAAGGGGCAGUAUGAUGUGGCUGUAAAGAUGAUCAAGGAGGGUGCCAUGUCAGAAGACGAAUUCUUUCAGGAGGCCCAAACCAUGAUGAAACUCAGCCAUCCUAAGCUGGUUAAAUUCUAUGGAGUGUGUUCAAAGAAAUACCCCAUCUACAUAGUAACUGAGUAUAUAACCAACGGGUGCUUGCUUAAUUACCUGAAGAGUAAUGGGAAAGGACUGGAAACCUCCCAGCUCUUAGAAAUGUGCUACGAUGUCUGUGAAGGCAUGGCCUUCUUGGAGAGCCACCAGUUCAUACAUCGGGAUUUGGCUGCUCGGAACUGUUUGGUGGACAGUGAUCUCUCUGUGAAAGUCUCAGACUUUGGAAUGACAAGAUAUGUUCUUGAUGACCAGUAUGUCAGUUCAGUAGGAACCAAGUUUCCAGUCAAGUGGUCGGCCCCAGAGGUGUUUCACUACUUCAAAUACAGCAGCAAAUCAGACGUAUGGGCAUUCGGGAUCCUGAUGUGGGAGGUGUUUAGUCUGGGGAAGCAGCCCUAUGACUUGUAUGACAACUCCGAAGUGGUUGUGAAGGUCUCCCAGGGCCACAGACUCUACCGGCCCCAGCUGGCAUCAGACACCAUCUACCAGAUCAUGUACAGCUGCUGGCAUGAGCUUCCAGAAAAACGCCCCACAUUUCAGCAACUCCUAUCUGCCAUAGAACCACUUCGGGAACAAGAUAAGCCAUGAAGAAAAAAAAAACUUGGAAUAUUGAUGGGGAAUGAAUCUAAACAUUGACCAACACUCUCAUUAUUUUAAAGGGAAGUAGAAAGACACAAUGUAAUUUAGCUAGUUUUUAAUAAUGUCUUACAUGUUGUUUACCUGUUAUAUUAUCUGCAAAACAACAAGGUAGGAAACAAGACAUUUCUUUAAAAUUUAGGUCAAAUUGUUAAUUUUGUUUGUGCUGCUCUUAGUGUACUACUUCCCAGCCUAUGGCAGAAAUUCAUUUUUAGAUUGCAAUUUAUGAAGGGUGUGUACUGUCUGUAAAGAUGGAGCAGAACUGAAAAGAUGAUUUGUUGAGAAUUCACUUUUUUCUGUUGGCACUAGUGUGAUAAUUAAAUAUCCUUUCCAGAAGAGAAAUGUGUGUAUGUUUGCCUCUGUAUGAGAAAUGUCUUGGGCAUUUGAAUACUUGGUUCCCAGUUUGUGGCAUUGUUUGGGGGAAGUUUAGGAUGAGUGGCCUUGAUGGGGAAUUAUGUCAGUGGGUGCAGCUUUACUUGUAGUUUACUCUCUCUGCUUCUUGCUUACAGUUCAAGAUAUGAGCUCUAAAAAGCUGAAGAGAUUGCUCAGUGGUUAAGAGCACUGGCUGUUCUUCUAGAGGAACUGGGUUCAAUUCCCAGCAACCACAUGGUGGCUUACAGCCAUCUGUAACUCCAGUUCUAGGGUAUCUGAUACCCUCUCCUGGCCUUCAUGGGUACCAGGUACACAUGUGACACACCAACGUGUAUGCAGGCAAAACACCUAUACACAUUUAAAAAACAUCAAGGAUAUGAGUUCUCAGCAUCCUGCUCUACCUACUGUCCUGUAAGCUGUCUCUGUCCUGCCAUUAGAAUUGUAAGCCAAAAUAAAGUUUUUCUUCUCUAA